AUGGAUUCACUCGACCUUCUUAAGAAGGCGAAUUUCUGGGUGGCCAAAAAGCCAACCUGCUGUUCGUGGGCCUGGAAGAAGAUCCUCCAACUCAGGGCUGAGUGUCGAAGCUCUUUCUAUUGGAGAAUUGGGAAUGGUUCCUCAGUAUCCCUCUGGUUUGAUAAUUGGCACCCCAGGGGCCCUUUGAACUUGUACUUUUCGGACUUGGCCAUAUAUGCAUCUGGCCUUCCUAAGCAGGCGACAAUGGCGAACCUAUUCACUAAUUGUGGAGCUAUGAUUAAGAGGGUCUUGGACUCUUGGGCGGAUCCCCUUCCCACCCUCUCCCACUCUUCCGAUCGUUUCGGCUGGAAGGGAAAUACCUCCCAUCUCUUUACGGUGGCUUCGGCAUGGGAUUUGAUUAGGAGGAGGAAGACUCGGGUCUCCUGGCACACAUUCAUUUGGAACAACUCCAUCACUUCAAGGUACCAAUUUAACCUUUGGCUUAUUGCCAAACGCAGGCUUCCUACCCAAGCUCUAUUAUUAUCUUAUGGUAAGAUAGAUAGUGCCUUGUGUCCAUUCUGCAAUGAGGUAUUGGAUUCUAUAGACCACCUAUUUUUUGGCUACUGCAUCUCCGCUAGCAUUGCCUUCUUUUGGGCCUCCAGGUGCAAUCUUCCGUGGCGAAACAAUUCUUGGGUCGAGAAUCUCAAUUGGGCUGCCACUUUCCUUAUGGGUAAAGAAUUCUAUAAGUGCAUUGCUCGCUUCUCUUUUGGUGCUCUUUGUUACUACAUAUGGAAGCACAGAAAUAACAUCCUAUUUAGAGAGCAAAGCUUAUCCGUCCCAGAGGUGAAGAAUCAACUCAUCAAGGUCGACAAAGACAAGGCCACCACCUAUAGGAAUGUGGAUGAUACAUAUAGAAACCGGAGGCUGCAGCGUAGCUGGGGUAUUGAUCCAAUCAUUUUUUCAGCUAGGGACUAUUCUACUUCUGCAAGUCCCUAG